UCUCGCUUCUUCAGGCAACUUUCUCAGUUCAGCUACAUCUUCAGAAUAAAGAGAAGAGACAUUUGGCACCAGACAGAAUGCCUUUGGGAGGAGGGAACAAAUGCGGCUGCUGCCAGAAAACGGUAUACUUCGCAGAGGAAGUGCAGUGUGAGGGGAAGAGUUGGCAUAAAUCCUGCUUUCUGUGCAUGGUCUGUAAGAAGAAUUUGGACAGCACCACAGUGGCUGUCCAUGUGGAUGAGAUCUAUUGCAAAUCCUGCUACGGCAAGAAAUAUGGACCAAAAGGUUAUGGCUUUGGAGGUGGAGCAGGGACCUUGAGUAUGGACACUGGUGAGGGGCUGGGAAUCAAGCCGGAAGAACAAGCUCCUCAUCGCCCGACAAAUAACCCCAAUGCCUCCAAAUUUGCCCAGAAAGCAGCUGGCUCAGAUGUAUGUCCUCGAUGUGGAAAAACGGUGUAUGCUGCUGAGAAGGUUAUCGGUGGAGGCAAUUCUUGGCACAAGGGAUGCUUUCGAUGUGCCAAGUGUGGUAAAGGCCUGGAGUCCACAACACUAGCAGACAGAGAUGGAGAGAUCUACUGUAAAGGUUGUUACGCUAAGAGCUUUGGACCAAAGGGCUUUGGGUUUGGGCAGGGGGCAGGUGCUCUGGCUCACUCUCAGUGAAGUCUGAUGUUACAGCUCACCUUCAGCCCAUAUCUGCUCUGUGCUCUCCACUGGUGGCCAUCAGACCAGCCCAGCCUGCCCCUCA